AAUAAUUAAGGUAAAAUAUUACCCAUUGUUUUCCCCUAAAUUCUAGAAUAAUGGUUUAAUCCACGUUCAGUGACGGAAAGACGAAAUGGAGGCAAAUUUGGAUUUUGGAAAGCUGAGAAACUGGUAGGUGCGUGAAGGCGUGACAAUGUCACAGACCACACUUUUGGAGGAGGUGACCUCCUGGAGUCCGGAGACCUGUGGCCAGGAGCUGAUGUCUGUCCUACCAAAGCUGGUCUCUAUGUAUCAAAACACCAACAACUGGGAAGAAAGUAUACGUAUCCUGAGAAUAAUCUCUGAGAUGUUUCUUCCACAUCUCAGAGUGUCUGACCUGGAAGAAGAGUGUUUCUCCAAGGUGUUACCCAAGGUGGCAAAGGUGUUCAGUAGUUUAAUGGAUGAGAUUUCAAAACAAAUUGGGGAACUGUCCAGUCAGAACUCUGAGCUGCGGUCAUAUCUAAGGAAUAUUCUUCAGCUCAUGAUCCAAGUGCUGGAAGUUUUGUCAGGUGUCAUUCGUCUCCUCUGUGCUCCUGACAAAAGUCUGACCUUGGGCUCAAUUCGGUCUUUACCAUCUUGCGUUCUGAAGCUUCUGAAGGACACCUUUGAGCACUGUAAGGACAGUGAAGCUGUAUACUGCGGCCGACUGUCUGUGGUCGCUGACCUCCUUCAGGGCCUGUUUAAAGAGGCAUACACUCUCCAGAAAGGUCUGAUGGAGCUGCUGGACAAAACAGCCGUGGAGAACAAGAUCUCUGAAGAGGAAAUUUCUGAUAUUGUCAUCGUAAUACAUAGCCUUCUGGAAAUAUGCAUCGUAAUAUCAAACCUGGAUGUUGCACUGCAUGCCAACACUUGGAAGUUUAUCAUUAAGCAGAGCAUCAAGCACCAGGCCCUGUUGGAGGAGCAUCUCCGUCAUGGUGACAUCGUUACUCGUCUGUGUGACGACUUGCUCGCCUCCUUCUACUCCUCUUGUGAGCUGGCUGAGGAAAUGAAGCAAGCAGGCUUGCAGGAGGCGCAAUGUCCUGAGUACAAGUUGUUCCAGAAAUCGGCAAAAAUGUGCCGGUUCUUUGCCAACACGUUGGUGCACUACGUUAAGGAAUUCAAGGCUUUUCUGUCAAAAUCCUGUGGCCGCUUUUACCAUCUCUACCUCCAGAUUUUUAGUAAGCUGCCCCCCAGCCUCUGGUCUGCCCCCAUGGCGAUUCCCCAUGGCCUGGAGUUGAGCAGCGGGACCCUGACUGCUGUGGAUGUCCUGGUCACUCAGCUGCUUCCCUGCAGAGCCUUUGUGGAGGUCGUCUUGGCUCCAGGGCAGGAGUUGGUUCCAGAAACCCUGUUCCCACACUGCCUCCUACUCGUUAGCGUUGUGACCAAACUGCGCUCCCAGCCAGAGGAGGUGCUUUGCCUCUGGUGCGAAGGCAGCCGAUUCCCGGAGGAGACGCCCAGGCCCUCUGUCUUCCAGGCAGUGUUCCGGAGCUUCCGCCGGUGCUCCGCGGAGCGGGCCGCGCCCCUCCUGGUCCCAGGGGUGAUGAUGAACGGACAGGCGCAGAGCCAGGUGACUCUGCACCAGCACGUGUGCAUCCAGCUGUGUGCCUGCGUGGCUGCUCUUCCAGCUUCCGUCUUCCCAAAUUUGGAGCGCUCCAUGCUGGAGGCAGUACUUCAGCCUGACACCCAGACUGCCCUCCUCGCGACCGACAUCUGGUGCUUCCUGGCUCGCUUCGGCACAGCAGAGUUGUGCCUGCAUCACGUGAAGCUCGCCGCUCAUCUGAUCAAAUCUUGCCCUGGGGAGUCUCACCACGUGAUCCACCUGGGCCUGUUGCUGAGACGACUGUUGUUUCUGAUGACGCCACAACACCAGAUGGAGCUGAUAGAGAAGUUUCCCCCCGGCUUGGCCGAGAACCAGCCCGUGUGGCAGCACGUCCUUCUGAGGGCCCUCUCGGACGACGGCAGGAAGCGCGUGCAGCGGGACGUGGCGGCACUGGCCAGCGAUGUCGUCGGCGGCUGGCUGGAGAAGGGGUGCAGGCUGGGGGAGCUGGAGCAAGUGAACGUGGCGCUCUCUUCCCUGCUGGUCGUGGCUGGAGAGGAAGCUCCGGAGUGCUUGCUGUCCGCGGCUAGGCUGGUCAAACGGCUGUGGCCUCGUAUCUGCGCCCAGCAGGUCCAGAAGUACCCUGCAGUACAGCAGACUGUGAAACUGCUCUUCUCAAUCUCUGCAGUUACAUUACAAAAGCUGGACUCCAGUGACAUCUGCCAGGCUCUGACGUGCCUCAGCUUCCUGCUGUCCAUGGCGUGCCCUGACCACGUCCUGCUGGCCGGCCUGGACUUCUUAGCCUCCUUGGGGGGGUUGUUUAUCCCUCCAGAAAUUCAGAACCAAGUCCUGCCCAAACUCUGUAGCCUCUUCAGUCAACUCUUGGGUCAGACCAUCUGGCCUCUUCACCAAUAUGCCUUAGAAGCCUUUUCCCGGUUUGCAGAGGUAACUAAUCAUGAAGAAGUGAUAGCACAGAGUCUCACAUCAGAAGGAACAAAAACCAAAGUGGUGAAUUUUCUUAGCAAGAAAGUCAAUGGUGAGGAAACGGGGGAAGCACGAGUGAAGCGAUUAAAAGAAGAAAGACAUAUUUACGAACAGCACUGUGCCAGACUGGAAAAUGAGGAAGAGGAGUUGCUUGCUGGCUUAGAGCCAUGCUCAAAACGGGCCCGACAGCUGACGAGCGAAGAGGAAGAGUUUGAGAAGCAUCUCCAGAUGGCAGAAAGCACCUUGGCCGCAUUGCACUCUUUGGCGAAACGGACGCCGGCGCCUCAGUGGGCGAGCACCAGACUCCGGGAACUGCAGACGCUGAUAACCCAAAUCGGCACGGCUGGGCCCCCAAGAACGUAGCGUUCUGAUAGAGAAAAUGAGACCAAAAUACCACCCUACUGUACAUUCAUGCUUGUUUAUGCGGCCUGAGCUUUCAUUGAGCUUCUUUCACCAGGAGGCCAUUGUGUCUCAGGGUUAUAGUACUCUACUGUUUAUCUGGCUGAUGUUAACACUUGCUCACUAAGGCAAAUGUCAAUUUUUAAUAAAUGUAAAUUUAAUAAUA